AUGAUUGGCCUUCUAUUAUUCCUGUUAGCCGGCGGCUUCAUCUUCCGUGAAAUGUAUUGGAAACGGCGGAAAUUGCCGCCAGGGCCGAUGCCGUUGCCCUUCAUUGGAAAUAUGCAUACUGUAUUCAAGCACGAGCCGGGAUACGAUGCGUAUAUUAAUUGGAAGAAGCAGUAUGGGCCGGUUUAUACAUAUUGGUUAGGCCCGUAUGCCAACGUAGUUAUUGCCGAUUACGAGACGAUGAAAGAAACGAUAGUACGAGAUGGAGAUAAAUAUGCUAAUCGCUUCCACAGUGAGACCAUGAUUGAAUAUCGUGACGGUAUCUACGGUGUCGUCGAAGCAGACGGCGAUCUUUGGAAGGAGCAACGGAAAUUCGCGCUCCACACCCUUCGCGAUUUCGGGAUGGGCAAGAAUUUGAUGGAGCAGAAGGUAAUGACGGAAGUGACCCAUCUACUCGAUCGAAUCUCAAACCAAAGCGGAAUCGCCGCCCAGUGGGAAUUCGAUGUUGCAGUGGGGUCCAUUAUCAACAGCCUACUUUUCGGGUAUCGAUAUGAGGAGGAAAAUCUUGCGGAGUUCAAGGAGCUCAAAGGCCUUCUGGGAGACCAUAUGAAAAUUGUAGCCUCGCCAACAGGAGGGCUUGUAUUAAUGUUGCCAUGGACGAGACCGUUGCCGUAUUUUAAGGAAGCCCACGCCAAAAUUCUCUACAUCCGUGACCGAAUCCUGAACUGUUUCCGGCGUCAGCUAGCUGAUCGCAGGCUUCCAAUCGAAACGGAAUUUGACACUCCAAGUGUGGAUUUUGUGGAAGCAUACUUGAAGGAGCAACAAAAGAAGAAGGAUGAGCCGGAUUUUGGAGGCUUCAGCAUGAAACAGCUGGAAAAUGUCAUUUUUGAUUUGUGGAUUGCUGGAAUGGAAACAACAUCAAAUACCCUCACCUGGGGGCUGGCCUUCAUCUUGAACGACGACGACGUGCAACGGAAAAUUCAUGAAGAACUCGAUUCGGCCCUAAAAUCCGAUCGUCUCGUCACGCUGGCCGAUAAGCCAAAUCUGAAUUAUAUCAACGCGACGAUUUGUGAAAUCCAACGGCUCGCUAACCUGCUUCCGAUGAAUCUCAUUCACCAGACGACGGAGGAUGUCACCAUCAAUGGCCACUUUUUAGAGGCAGGCACCAAUGUCAUCCCGCAGAUCUCGUGUGUGCUUUUUGAUGAGAAGAUCUUCCCCGAACCACAAUCCUUCAAACCGGAAAGAUUCCUGAAUCCCGAUGGCUCGCUGCGAAAAGUCGAAGAAUUGAUCCCGUUCUCCCUCGGCAAGCGCCAAUGCCUGGGCGAGGGGCUGGCCAGGAUGGAGCUCUUCCUCUUUGUCGCCAACAUUUUCCAAAAGUUCAAGGUCACCUCCCCCACCCGACCAUCGCUGAAGAAAUCCUUCGGUUUCACUGUACAAACGGCGCCCUACACGUGCAAUUUCGCGGAAAGGUUU